CGGGCUAGAAAAGAGGGUUGAUGCCGGCGGCAGUGAUGAGUGUUAGGCGGCGCUGCCGGCUCUGCGGCUGCGAAGAGCGGCUUCUGCUGGUGGCCUUUUUGCAGGUCACUUUCUGCUGUCCCUUUCUCUGGGACUCACAGAUCUGUCAGCUGGCCGGAGGACUCGCCUAGGUCGUGGUGUCUUGACGGCAAGAACAAAGAGGAGUCGGAGGGAGUGAUGAACUCAUCUCUCCUGGACGUUGGAGUCACGGUGUGGCCGAGCCCUUUCCAUUGGAGACCUUCUGGGAGGAAGUUCGGUGUGUUUCCAGGGCCAUGCCACUAUACUUAGGGCGAUGGUAGACCUGGCGCUAAAAGACUAAGUAGACAGAGAAAACUUGACUGCCAUGCCAGGAGAAGGAGGUGAAGAUUUGCAUUGGUUUCAUGUAGCGCCCAAAUCUGGAGCUAUAAUAAAUCACAGGUUCUUGGAACCCCUGGAGGGAAAAAAAAAAUGUUUUUCUGCCAUUGAACCUUGGCCCAUUUGAAGGCACGAGGGACGCUCAGCCAUCAGUAUGUCCAAAUACAAACUGAUUAUGUUAAGGCAUGGAGAGGGUGCUUGGAAUAAAGAGAACCGUUUUUGUAGCUGGGUGGAUCAGAAACUUAACAGUGACGGAAUGGAGGAAGCCCGGAACUGUGGGAAGCAACUCAAAGCGCUCAACUUUGAGUUUGACCUUGUGUUCACCUCCAUCCUUAAUCGGUCCAUCCACACAGCCUGGCUGAUCCUGGAAGAGCUGGGGCAGGAGUGGGUGCCCGUGGAAAGCUCCUGGCGCCUGAAUGAGCGUCACUAUGGCGCCUUGAUCAGUCUCAAUAGGGAGCAAAUGGCUUUGAACCACGGCGAAGAGCAAGUGAGGCUCUGGAGAAGAAGCUACAACGUGACCCCGCCGCCCAUCGAGGAGUCUCAUCCUUACUACCACGAAAUCUACAACGACCGGAGGUAUAAAGUGUGCGAUGUGCCUGUGGACCAGCUGCCGCGGUGUGAAAGCUUGAAGGAUGUUCUGGAGAGACUCCUUCCAUUUUGGAAUGAAAGGAUUGCUCCUGAAGUGUUACGUGGCAAAACCAUUCUGAUAUCUGCUCAUGGAAAUAGCAGUAGGGCCCUCCUGAAACAUCUGGAAGGCAUCUCCGAUGAAGACAUCAUCAACAUCACGCUUCCGACUGGCGUCCCCAUUCUCCUGGAACUGGACGAGAACCUGCGUGCUGUUGGGCCGCACCAGUUCCUGGGUGACCAAGAGGCUAUCCAGGCCGCCAUUAAGAAAGUAGAGGAUCAAGGAAAAGUGAAGAAAGCUGAAAAAUAAAGUCUUUCCCAAGUCUUGGCUAAGAAUAGUUGCGAAAAGAAGUGGCAUGCAGUGUGUUAUAGGUGCUGAUCUCAUUGUCUCUCUCCCUCCCUCCCCCUUCCUUCCCUCUCUCCUCCAUUCCUAUCCUGUUUUUUCCAGAUUUUUCUACAGCUAGGCUGUGGGGUCAAAGUUUGUAUAGAUAACUAGGUAACUUAUGUUUUACCGGAUAAAGACUUUAGGAUGCCUGAGUGCUUGAACGUUCUGGAUUCGCUCUCCUGCUAACCCUGUUUGAAUUAGUCACUAAUUCAAUUAGUCACAACUAGAACCAGUGGGGCUUCCUCAAUGUCCUAAGUUUCUGAGAUGGGAGAGUGAUAAGUGGAGGAAAAGUGUCAGGUAUUCAUCAUUCAGUAGAUCAUGAUUGUGUCACCGCUGACAGGUACUACUUACUCCAAUAAGUGGUUCACUUCUGUAUUUACUAAGACUUUCUGGGAUGAUAGAAAAGGAUAUUAGAUAAUACACUAGACUUAAGUAUUUAUUACUAGUCUUUUCCUCUAGGGAAAGGGAUGCUUUUAUAGGUACGACGAGAGGCCCAUUAAAUGGGAAAGCCACAGAUAGGUUUGCCAACAACAAAACAGGCCUUCGCUUUGUCUGUAGUGCAGAGACAUCCUUUGUCUGACAUUUGAUGGAAUUUCUCUUCGGCAGCUAGAAUUAGCAGCACAUAGACAACUGUAACCCUUUGUGUUUUUGUUUUGUUUCUGGUUUUUGAAUCUUAAUCCUUGGGUACUUAAAAUUGGUUUAAGAAUAAAGUUCUGUGACC